AUUCCUACUUCUCCCCUGCCUCCCCCACCCACUGGUGACGUCAGCGGAGGCUCCACCGGCAACUUCCUGGUCAGACUCAGAGUGAGAGAGAGACGGCUCGGGACAGGGCUACUGUGGGGCGACAGUACGGCAAAGAGCAGGGAGACUGAAGCGCCAGAAAGAGCCAGGCCAACUGAGAACGAUUAGAAGUGUGACACGAAGUCAGACAGGUUUGCUAGUGGGUGCGAGUGUAGCAGGUAGUCUGCGAGUGCUGCUGAGAGACAGGGGCGGGCUCAGUGAUGUCAGUGUUGUAGAGAAGGGGCCACAGACAGAGAUAACAAUUUACCUGGAAGCAGUUCAGCUUGUGAUAGUGAUGAAGUGUCACGAGACUGACUGAGGGACAUGAAUAGUGAGCGAAGUGGGACAUUCACUUGCAGUACUGACAUACAGGGUGUCCCCCAUAACUGUGACAGCCAUUGACAUGUGACCAAUCCCCCUUUAGCUUUAACUGGGACCGACAUGAGCUGAGCAUGGACUCCAGGACCAGGGAAAAGCCAGAGAGAACCUUUGAUCUGGUGAUAAAAGUUGAGUGUCCAUCCUCUGAAAAUGAAGACCCAGUCUUGCUGUGGAAGUUCCCAGAGGAUUUCUCUGACCAGGAUCUUCUGAGCAUGGUGCCAAAGUUUUGCUUUCCUUUUUCCAUCGAAAGGGUGACUCAGUCUCAGAUUGGACAGCAUUUUACCUUUGUUCUAACAGAUAUAGAAAGUAAGCAGAGGUUUGGAUUUUGCCGUCUGACGUCAGGAGGUAAAAUCUGCUUAUGCAUCCUAAGUUAUCUUCCUUGGUUUGAAAUUUACUACAAACUGUUAAAUACCUUGGCCGACUACCUAGUGAAAGAACAGGAGAAUGACCUGAAUGAUAUGUUAAAAUCCUGGUACAAUCAUCCAGUUCCUGAAGCACAUACACCUGUCAGCCUGAGCCUGAACCAACAGCUGUUUAUUUCAAGUGAACCUGUUUUAAAAAAACAGCCCUCUCCUUUGUUGCACUCGUAUUUCAUUACUCCUGACGUAACUGGACUGCCGACAAUCCCAGAAAGUAGGAACCUGACAGAAUAUUUUGUGGCGGUGGACGUGAAUAAUAUGCUUCAGAUCUAUGCAAGCAUGCUACAUGAACGCAGGAUCAUUUUUACCUCCAGAAAAUUAAGCACUCUUACAGCCUGUGUCCAUGCCUCAGCAUCUCUUCUGUAUCCAAUGUACUGGCAGCACAUUUACAUCCCUGUGCUUCCCCCACACCUUCUUGACUACUGCUGUGCACCCAUGCCUUAUCUUAUUGGAGUUCAUCUAAGUCUCAUGGAGAGGGUGAAAAGCCGCUCACUUGAUGAUGUUGUCGUUCUAAAUGUAGAUAACAACUCACUUGAAACACCUUUCAACGAUCUCUGCUCACUUCCAAGUAAUGUGAUUGCAACACUGAAAAGCAAAUUAAAGAAACAGUCUACAUCUACAGGGGAUGGUGUGUCUAGAGCCUUCGUCAGAGCCCAGGCUGCUUUGUUUGGGUCAUAUAGAGAUGCUCUUCGAUAUAAACCUGGUGAGCCUGUCACAUUUUGUGAGGAAAGCUUUGUAUCCCAUCGUUCCAGGACCAUGAAGCAGUUCUUAGAGACUGCUGUUAACCUACAGCUUUUUAAACAGUUUAUUGAUGGCCGGCUAGAAAAGCUCAACUCCGGGCUUGGGUUUACAGACAUCUUUGAAGAAGAAAUUACUUCAGGAAAUUCAAGUUCAUACCAGCAAUGGCUGCAUACAAUGAAGAAGGGAGGAUCUCUAAUUAAUACUGCAGUGAUAAAAGCCAGCCCAGCUAUGAAGAGUGCCUAUAAGUUUGCUAAAAACCAGGCAAAGCAUGGUAUCAAGGAGGUGAAGAGCAAACUUAAGCACAAGGACAUUGAGGAAGAAGAUUCCGACUAUAAUUUAGAGUAUACACACUCCAACACGUUCCCAUUAAACUACUCAAACCGACAAAGUGAUCAGAGGAGAAAGACACAAGCAAACAGGCCCUUGACCCACGUGGGUAACCAUAUCUCAGGACUGGAGGAUUCUGAUCUUGGUGAUAGUGCCAGCAAGUUGUCUUCAGAGGACAGUGAAGAAGCUUCAGGAUAUUUUGAUGAUAGUGAUACUUCAUUUGAUGAUGUGAGCUUGUCUUCCAGGCCAAGGGGACAGAUGGACCUUCUUGGGGAAAUAUUGGACUCCCUUAGCACACACAGUUUAGAUCCAGGGGCUGGACGCCUAACAGCUGCUAAGAGCCUGGAUUUCUUUCGUUCUGCAGAAGAUUUGGACUAUAAAGUUCUGAACAAGACAUGUCCCCCCACUGAAACCAGCCUGAGCCAGGAUUCCCGGGAUGAAUGGAAUCUGGGACAGGAUGACAGUGUGCUAUACAGGAAACAUCUCCCGCCCUCUCCCCGCAAGCGAAGUCAGGAUGAGCAGACUUGUCAAGACAAUGAUAGUCGCAAGUCAGAAUUUCCAACAUUUAUCAUCACUGAUACCACUGCAGCUGGGAACACUGAACGUCCCACCUCUCUGCUUUAUACUUGGGAUAUGGGAACUGAAGGCAGGAGGAGCUCUACUAUGCAAGUGCCAUGGGAGAAGGAUGAGGUGGAUAUGCUCUUCCCACACAGCACAGAUCAUCCCCCUUGAAUAAGGAGCCAAAUUUCUGGCACCGUUUUAUACUCUAAACUCAAACAUUCCUUUAGAGCUCAGUGUUUCAUCUUACAUUAUUGGUUUCUUAUAAAGGGUCCUGAGUUCACCUGGAUUUAUUCUUUUGGAUUGUGAUCCAGUUGCAUUAGGAAAAUGUUUAUGGUUAGAAAAUCACAAGACUCCUUGGUACCACCGGAACACAUACAUGACCAUGAGUGCAGGAAGCUUAUGCGCAGUCCUUUCCACUGCUCUGCUGCUUCCAAGACACACAAAAAUUACACAACAUUUCACAUGCCAACAGUUAACUGAUUAAAUUAACAAAUCUUAGUCUACAACAAAAAUAUGAUGUGAUUUCAGGGGAUCAUAUGGAAAUAUGCAAGUGGUUGGGCUGAAACCUUCAUCAUCUGCACAUUGAAGAGCCAAGAUGAGGAAGAUGAUGGUGGAAUGAUUCAAUGGCACAACUAUGUUAAACUAAAAUAAUGACAGAAUUUGAGGCCCGUUACAAUCCUUUAUUGUUAUACUCCCCCGUAUUUGUUUGGAGUGUCCCUUAUUUAAAAGAAAACUAUACCCCCAAAAUGAAUACUUAAGCAACAAUUAGUUUAUAUCAAAUUAAGUGGCGUAUUAAAGAAUCUUACCAAAUUGGAAUAUAUAUUUAAGUAAAUAUUGCC